UGGUGGUAAGAUCGGGCAAUAAAAGCAAGUAAAACAGGUCUUAAAUCGCAGUCAUUAGUUAGCCACGGAUUUACUCCAGUUCCACAGAAAAAGCAGGACUCAUGUGGGCACUCCAGAUUCUCCUCUGCUUGGCGCUGUUGGUUUACACAGAAAGUAGGGGUGCAAAGAGGAAUGCUCUUCAAGAUUAUGAGAUGAGUGAAGGAGUCUACUUGAACAGAACAAAUAGGCUCCUGUCCAAAAGGAAAGCCCUUAGUGAAGUAAAGUGUGCGAAGUGGUGCAGCAGGAACAAGGACGUGUCUUUUGUAUGCAAGGCUUUCUAUUACAACAAGAAAGAAAAUAAAUGCCACUUGCUACCAUUUACCAGCAAAACCCCAGGUGUUAGAAAAGAAAUGGACUUUCGAUAUGAUCUUUAUGAAAAGAAAGAUUAUGUAAGGGAGUGCAUCAUUGGGAAUGGAUCAAACUAUAAAGGGAUGAAGACUGUUACAAAAACUGGCCUGAAGUGCCAGGCCUGGAGUUCUAUGGUGCCACAUGAGCACAGCUUUUUGCCUUCAAAAUACCUGGAGGGUAAUUACUGCAGAAAUCCAGACAACGAGGCUUCAGGACCCUGGUGUUUCACUACAGAUCCUGACAUCCGCCACCAGUCAUGUGACAUCCCUCAGUGUUCAGAAGAUGAGUGUCUGACUUGCAAUGGGGAGAAUUACAGAGGGUCAAUGGACCACACAGAAACAGGGAAGGAGUGCCAGCGAUGGGACCUGAACCGGCCCCACAAACACGUGUUCCACCCCAAACGAUACCCAGAUAAAGGACUGAAUGAUAAUUACUGUCGUAAUCCGGACAAAAAACUGCGGCCGUGGUGCUUCACUCUGCACCCCAACACUACUUGGGAAUACUGCAGUAUUAAAGUCUGUGCUGAAAGUGUAAAAUCUGAUCCAGACACGACUACACAGUGCUUCCAAGAUCAAGGGGAAAAAUACAGAGGCACAGUUAACACAGCACCCAAUGGAAUUAGGUGCCAGAGGUGGGACUCACAAUACCCACACAUCCAUUCCUAUACACCCCAGAAUUACAAAUGCCAAGAUCUAAAGGAGAAUUACUGUAGAAAUCCUGAUGGUGCUGAACUACCAUGGUGCUUCACAACAGAUCCCAAAGUGCGAGUCGCCUUCUGCACCCACAUCCCACGGUGCGGUACAGACACUCCUGAUCCCGAAGUACACUGUUACAAUGGCACUGGUGAGGACUACAGAGGACACAUGUCAAAAACAAGAUCUGGUUUUCCAUGUGCAAUGUGGGACGAGAGCCUCAAAAGCAAAAGUUUGACUUUAAGUGAACAGUCAACAGCUGGUCUGCAGAAGAACUACUGCCGGAACCCUGAUAAAGAUAAACAUGGCCCCUGGUGCUACACAAACAACCCCUCAAUUCCUUGGGACUACUGUGAUUUAAAGCGCUGUGAAACGUCUGGGCCCAACAUUACAGGAACACUUCCUUCACAAGAGUCCUGUUUUGUUCAUAAGAGAACCAGAAUUGUUGGAGGUGCUCCAGUGAAAAUUAAGGAAGCCAGCUGGAUGGUUAGCAUACAAAAAGGCAACGACCAUUGGUGUGGUGGAUCAUUAGUAAGAGAAGAAUGGGUUCUUGCGGCUAAACAGUGCUUCUCCUCCUGCAUACCCGAUUUAACAGAAUACAGUGUCUGGCUGGGUUUUCUUCAUCUCAAUGAAGCAGGAAGAGAGCUUUCAAGUAAACAGGUUCUAAGGAUAUCCCAUCUUGUCUGUGGACCACUGGGCUCUGAUCUAGUAUUGCUGAAAUUAUCAGGGCCUGCUUGGCAAACGGAACAUGUUCGCAUAAUUCAACUCCCUGUUGCAGGAUGUGUCAUUAAAGAAAAUACCUACUGUACAGUUUAUGGAUGGGGAGAAACAAAAGGAACUGGAUAUGAUGGCAUGUUGAAAGCAGUGAAGUUACCAAUUGUUGGGAAUCAAAUAUGUAAUGAAUAUCAUAAAGGAAGGAUUACAGUGGCAGAAUCAGAGCUCUGUGCUGGGGGAAGGAAGGAUGAAGGAGUAUGUGAGAAAGACUACGGGGGCCCACUGGUGUGUGAGGAACAUGAUUCUAAAGUAGUACAAGGUGUUAGUGUUCAUGGCCGAGGCUGUGGUCGUCCUAACCGCCCUGGGAUCUUUGUCAGUAUACCAUAUUACACAGACUGGAUUCACAAGGUCUUCAAAAUACUAUCAAGCCCUUAAAACUUUGUUGUAUUAUGAAAGUAAUUUAUUAUCAAGUAUGUUCAAUCUUUUUGAAGGACAUUUUGUUUUUUGAUAUUUUUCUUUUUACGUUCUUGACAUCUGUGAUGUUGUUUCAGUUGCAUUUUUGAAUGUAGGUUACUGUUUAAGAAAAUCAUAGUUUAAGAUGUGGUUCAAUAUUUACAAUUCCAAGAGUUGUUAAUCUAGCAUUACAACCAAGAAGCAAGAAACACAGAAAUGAAAUGAUAAGGAUAGCUUUGUAAAAGGGUUUUUAUAGCAUUCUGUGAUUUGCAGAAGGAAGUGUGAGUGCCAAAUCAAUCAAUCAAUAUUUAUUUUAUAUAGCACCUUUCAUAGUGGACCACCAUCACAAAGCGCUUUGCAAGAUGCAAUAACAACAAGAAAAUGUUCUGUGUUGUACUGCAAAGCACGUAUGUCUCCCUUACACUUUGUAAUUUUAGUUUUAUUUCGAGUUUCAGUUUAUAUUUUUUGCGUGGUUUACACACAAUUUGUUUCCAAUUACUAGCACUCUUGAAAACCAUGACCUAUAUCACUCAACACAGAUUAGUUACAUAAAAUAACAUUUUUAGAAUCAACACAAAUCUGAAAUCAACCGAUGUAACUUUCUUUUUUAAUUUUGACUUUUCUAGAGUAUAUGAGUGAAAAUGGACUGAUUCAGAUCAUAUGUUUGUAAUAUCCUCCUUUAAUUACUUGAAUGAAUACAGUAUCACAAAGAAAAAGAUGUAGGACCCCCUUAGGAAGCAAGUUAUUUUCAGUAUUGCUCAUAAUCAAACAUAUAAGGUUUUUAGAAAGUUGUUUUAAGCUGUGGUUCAGCGGGAGCUUUGGAAUUGGUUUUAUAGAUACAGUUGAGUCGAUCGUAGACUUCAUAUUGUACAGCAGGUCUUAUAGAUCUCAUAUUUUUACUUUGAAAUGUUAUGUCAAUAGGUAUAUAACUCCUACUUAUGUAGUGGUAGAUUUACAAAGAUAUGCUCUUGCAUAGAAUGGCUUUUGCCCAGUGACAAUGUGUGCAGUUCUCUGCUUUAUGAACAUUACUCUCAAUGGAGGUUUUACUUUACUAUAUAGAGGAGGGAUUCAAUGGUAAUUUCAAUGAUCAUAUCUAAUGAACUUAUUUUUGUUUGGUACUGGUGUGUUGCAUAUCAAUUUAAUGUUCAAUGUCAUGGAAUAUAUCUUUGUAAUAAAGUACAGUGAUUUUUUUUUUUUUUUUGCAAGCGUAUUGACUUAGAAAUAGUAGUGUGUGUUAGUCGUCAAGAAAUUAUGUUUGUUUUUUUGUUUGUUUUUUAAAAUCUUUCUAUUGAGCACCUGAAAGAAAAAAUUGAUAAUGCAUGGCUUUACUAGUUUUUCUGCUGGACAGAAAAUGGUAGAUGAAUAUAAGGUAUCUCUAAAAAGAGUCAGUGCCUAAGUUAAGUUGACUCUAAUCAAAAUGUCAGAGGUGCUUUGUUGAGCCCAUAUUAAACAGUUACUGCAUUACACGUAUGGUGGUAGUCAUAGCUUCUUGUUGCCCAUGAAUUUGUCUGAACACCCAGCAAACUGACUUUAUAAUCACAUGCUGUAUGUAUUUGCUUUACCUAAGAAUGUAUAUACAGUUCUCCCUUGUUGCUUUAUCAUUUGAUAAUGGAGUUAACUAUAACUUUUCAUGCAUCGUUCACCUACAGUGCCAAAAAAAGAAGGUAAUGUGUCAAUAGACAUUUAUAUAGGUGCUGCUUUUUUGUUUGACAAUGGAUCAUUCAUAACCUGAUUAAGGUGGGAAUAUUUUAAACUUGUGUGCAUUUUUGUAACUCUUUGUUGUAUUUGUUAGUGUAUUAAAAUAUUUUAUCUACA